ACUGCACUUUGGGCUGCAGGGGAAUCUCUGCUCUGGCACCUGGAGCAGGUCCUGCCCCUCCUUCUGCACUGACCUCGGGGUCUGCAGCAUGGUUUCAUAUAUCCAUCCUCCAUAUACUCAUUCUUCUCUCGGGCUGUAGUUGCACUGGGAUUUUUCCCCCAGAGAUGAUACCAUUGUCAGUGAUGGCCUCAGCCUUGUCCACUGAGUCCUUCCUUGGAGCCAUCUGGCAUUGCCUCUGCCAGACAUGGGAGAAGACUCUAGAAGAGAAUCCACCACUGGUGCCUACCCACUACCAAAACCCUGCCACACAAAUCCAAUGAAGACUGUUUUUCUUUCCAAUUACAGGCUUUGCCAUCACAUUUGAGAGGUCCAUUUCUGUGAAAAGGUUGUUGGCUACCCCAAGGGACUGUAGACAGAGUAAUUUUGCAGAGAGAAAGCUGCCCUCAGACAACUAGAUAUUUAGCUUCUAUAUGUAGGUAGCAGGAAGCAAUCAGCAGUGCUGGGAUGGCUGCCAGGAUGUUCAUGGCAGGUGUACCAGGUCUCCUCAUAACCUGCACUUUCGAUAGAUAGGAAGUUAAUUUCUCCCAACAGGCACAUGUCUUGUCCAUAAUUACAUCAAAGCAAUGUCAUUCAAUGAUAUUUCUAGAUCUGUAACUUAUGAAGUGCAACCUAUAAUUAGUGGAAAUUGUCUUCUUCUUCAGAUAACAAUUUUGUCAGUCAUGCAAGCAGUGAAUUGCCUGAAAUCACUGGAUUGCAUCACAGCCUCUAAAACUCCAGAGCUAUUGAGCAAGUUACCUCUGGAACUUUUGUUUGGUACUUAUUAUGCAUUUACUCAUCAGAGAUUAUGCAAUUACUAAAUCCCUGUAUUUAGCCAUGUUCCUUUCAGCUACUGCCUUCUCAUGCACUUUGUUUUAUCGAAGGAGUCCUAAACCUUUGGAAACUACAGAAGGGAAUUUCCCCCAUCUGCUUCUGUGUUUCCUGGAUGAUCAGCUGUAUUGCUAUAAGGCUUUAUUUACAUAAAUUCAGAAAAGGUACUAAUAUGCAAUAAAACAAUAUCUUUUUGUGAGGAUGAAAUCAUGGAAGCUGUUGUUAACUGCCAGUUGAUUAACAAGUGUCAGUAUGUUCCUCAUCUUAUUGUAGGGCACAGGUAAAGAUACUGAUUGUCUGACAUUCGAGUUCUUUAUUUUAAUCUUUCAUAUUAGACCUAAACCCAUAAAAGGACAAUAAUCAAAUGGUUAAUGAUUAUAAAAUUCCUUCUCUCUCUUUCUCUUCAAAAGUCCAUGAAGUAUUUUAACCCCUGCAUGGAAAGCAGGUGGACUGCUCCUGUGCUUUUUCUGUGAUGGGGAGAAUGAUGUGGUAAGCCCACCCCCUCUCCCCUCCCAAAUUUUUUGCCCUGUAUGGGAGUGUUUUUCAAGGUUGAGCUAUUGAGUCCUCUUCAGCACUUCAGACUUUCAGCUGGUAUUUCGUUAAGUCCUUUGGGAUAUAAGAGAGGAAGUGUAUUAUCAGGAUGCAGCACUUGGUGACCAGAGAAAGUUGCCUCUGGCUGGAGCUUUGCGCAUGGUGUCUGAGAGCAGCUUGACUCCCCAGCUCUCCUCUUUAACAUCCCCAAACUGCUCAGAAAUGUCAGUUCCCCAGUAUUAGUUGGGAAAAGGCUCAGUUUUCCCUGAUGCAUUUCUUCUUCCACAGAUCUGACUGGAUAGCUCUGCAGCACUGGCACACAGGCUGUCUCUGCAUCCUUUGUUAUAAACACAGGAGGGGUUUGAGCCUGUUUUCUCUGCCUCCUGGGACAAUGGGAGAGGAAGCUUAGGAGAGGAUGGACCCUUUGUCAAUCUGUGUUUUGCUGCUCUGCCUUACUGUGACUGCAGUUGUUGUGAGGUAAUCUGAGGAGGGACAACAGGAGGGAAGGAAGCUGAGAAGUUUACAGCAAUGUCAAGCCGGGAAGACUAGUAAGUCAGGAAACUAAAAUAAGAAACAAACAGAUAAACGUGAAAAACCCAGAAAAAAUAUUGUAGGGUUGAUUGCGGCUUGGGAAGGAACCCAAGUUUAAGAUCAUGCUCAGGGAGGGACCACAUCCAGCUUAAAUUUGACUGUCUGCAAGGGUAUUCAAACUGGCCUUCACAUCCUAUCCUGGGCAACCUGUCCCAGUGCCUCACCCCCUUGCUAUGGAGAGAGGGCUUCCUAUGUCUGAUGGGAAUUUCCCUUUUCACAGCUUGUGGCUGAUACUGCUCAUGCUUUGGCUGUAGCCUCUGAGGAGACUCUGGGCACAACCCUCCCCACACAGGCCCCAGGGCAGGGAAAUGAUGGCCUUCCUUGACCUGGUGGGCCCCUCAGCAGCCUUUGAACUGCAGUAGUGUUGAGACACUAAACACAUUUAUAUGGCACCUGUAACUGACCCAGGCGCAGGUUUGGAGGUGCCUGGGGCCUGGCAGCCCACAUGGCCCCUCUUGGUCACACAGGAAACCAGGUUGAAAUUUGGUUUGGUCAGGGUGGACAAAAGUCACUGUCCCCUCAUUCCCAGGAAGUAAUGAAAAACACUUCCCUGGAAUAUAUAAGCACCUCCCUGUUUUUAUAUAUUUUUUGCCUUCUGUUUGCAUUCGGGCUUUGUGAAGGUAAAGACUGAUAAGAUACAGUUAUGUGUCAUAUCACAACCAGCAGAGCUUUCUUCAGCUAUUUGCAUGAAACAUUUUUUAUUGUUAUAACUACUUUGUGCUAAUAAACUGAAGGUACUUUGUACACACCAAUUACAAACAAAAUGACAGCACUUGAAAUUGGGGUCCUCCUUGUUGUUCUAAGUCUAAGUCUUAACCUAUUUUCCUAAAUCAAACAAACAUGAGAUAAAACGAGCACUAUGAACGCGAGUCCAGCUGUGAUGAGGCACACUGCCAGCCGUGGUCAGGUGUGGGAACCACCAGUGUGAUGAGAAUUGCUUGAGGGCAGGACUAUGGGGUGAACACUGCCUGAGCAGUGUCAUCGCUCUGGCAUCCAAGCUGCUGCUACUUAGGUAGAAGGGUCAAAGCUCAGAUGAGAAGAUUCUGUCCAAGAAGCACUGAAUGGAGAAGAAUUACUGCUGAAGAGUCACAAGGAGGACUUGAGGUGGCAAGGCCACCUCCAUCUGGAUAACAGUAUGGCCUAGGAAAUGGCAUACGAAAUGCCAAAGUUGAGUACAGGUGUAAAUAGAUUUGGGAUCCAUGAAAUCUGUAUGUAAAAGAAAAAACUACCAUUCUAGUCAGCUAGUUUGAGGCAUUGCCUAAUGCUGACAGGUAAUCUUUAAAGCAGUGCAGAGAUAGCUGCAUACUGAGAGCAUUGAUCUUUUUGUAAUCUUUUGUGGCAUUUCACUGUGAUCCGUAAAACAGUUACAAAAAGCUGCAUACAUUAGGGCAUGGGUUCUUUAUUGCCUCCUCCCCAUCCUUUGGUCAGUAGCUGUGGCUCUGCAGAGAAAUAUUUCCAGUAUACGUGAUGCCAUGCACGCUGCAAGGUUGCUCACAUAUAACUCAGCCAUAUGAAACUCCCUCAAUUCUCGCUAUUACAUAGAGAAACUAAUUUCUCUAGAUAACAAUCUAUUCCAGAGUUCCAGGUGUUUCCAUUUCUACAAGAAAUAAUAGGAACUCACCCUUUGAGAGAGGUACUGGCACUCUGUGAAGGAUAGAAGGCAUGUAAUUAUGCACUAUCUAUGACAGAUCGUAAGCUCUACCUUAAGAGAAGCCAUUUAAGGCUCAGGUUACUCUGUAAGCUCCUGGAGCUGGCAGUAGCUCCUCUCUUACACUGGCUGGCCAGGACAUGGCCUGCAGUCAUCACAGUCGUUUCACACAGAUCCCUAUGGGAAAGUGCUUGUACUUGGAGUGGUGACAGAGCCUCUCCCUGGUGGUUUCUCUAGAGCUGUGCGAGGCAAUUUUAAGAUUGUAUGUAUUUUUGUUGAAUGUUCGGGAGUCACAAUACUAUGGUACAGUUUGGGAAAGCAACAAACUGCAGCUAUUGUUCAUGAAGCCCGUUAAUGCAUUCUAGAAAGUACAGAUUUGGAAAAUAUAGGCCCCAUUUCAAGUUCUUUUAAGCUCACUCUUUUCAGAUGAAAAAGUUCAGAUGUGUAACAAACUGGCAGGAAGUCAUGGCAGGGAAUAUAUGAUUAAGGAAAUGAAAUAAACCCAUUUCCACGAAUACUCAAAGGGUAUUCAAUGGGUAUUGCCCAUGUGUCCUUGCCAAUAUUGCAGUCCAGAGCUCGGAAAGCAGCAGUCUGGAAAGCCCGAUGUUACUGUGCAGGCCAACCAGGACUAUUCAUUCAUGUGUACUUUGGUAUAAGGUGUUGUACCUUGUGACCCAGCUCCUGUGAGUUUGCCACAGAAAUGAAUCUGGCUGGCUCAGCCCACCUCCCUCUGCCCCCAGGUUGGUUUAUUAAAUUCUAGCAGAGCAGACACAUAGUUUCUGUCGGUAACAAAAGUUACCUACAUUUCACUUUCCUCAUUUCACAACCCACACUCCUACCCCUACAUACACUUCACCCACAGAACCAUUACCUCAUAGCCUUUUAUUUCCUUUUCUUUUAGACUGAAUCUUUUACGCGACUUUAAAAAAACCAGAAACUAUUCCCCAGUGCACUGUUAUCUCUGGUUGUAGCACCCGGAAAGAGUGCUGGGGCCAAAUCGGGCACGAUGGAAUUUGCUGUGGGGAAACCCGCUGAUGACAGUGAUCCCGCCCGUGUGUGAAUUCCCGUGGCUCCUGGCACCCCUUUAUAAGCAGGUGGAGGUGCGGCAGGGCUGGCAGGAGCAGCAGGCAGGCACUGACUGGAGCACAGCUGUGUGUGCAGAGGGAAUGACUGGCUGCAGCAGCAAGAGCAUGGUCCUGCUUUCCCUGCUGGGGUUCCUGGCACUGCUCCUGUGCGGCUCCUCGGAAGCACAAAGCAACCAGGAUUGCUGCCUGUCCUACACCAAAGUGCGUCUGCCGCGGUGGGCGCUGAAGGGUUACACUGAACAGCUCUCCAGUGAGGUCUGCGACAUCCCUGCCAUCAUUUUUCACACUGCCAGUGGGCUGAAGGCUUGUGUAAAUCCUAAGGAAGGCUGGGUGAAGAAACAUCUCCUCUACCUGAGCCACAAGCUCAGGAGGAUGUCAGCCUGAUGAGGUUUCCAGCAAGGAGCUAAGCACAGACAUGGCUGAAGAGCCCUGGCUGAGAUGGUUUGUGCACUGUAGUGUGCUCACUGCCCUCCAACUCCGGCUUCUUUGGAACCAAUGAACUUCUUGAGCUAAUUCGUAUUGCUUGAGCUAAGCAUGUUGUUAAAGUUUCUAUUUUUACAAAAUGUGUAUGUUACUGAUAGGACAUGAGUACUGUUUAGUAAAGUCUACCUUGAGCUGUACAGAGUAUGAAUUUUAUGAAGUUUGUUGCAUUUUGUUUUUGUUUUCUUAAGCAUGUGUAAAGUGGGUUAUUUAUUCUGUUUAUUUUAUUAUUGUCUUGUACCAAAAUGUUUCCUUUAAGCUGUACUUAGCAUUACAAUACCUCUUGAAUUAUGGUUAAACACGUUUG